AAAUAAUAUAUAAAACAAGAAUGGGUUUGUCUGUGUACUGUCUAAAAAAGAAAAUGAAAGAGAAAUAAAAAUUAAAACUCCACGUCCAAGAACGCGUUUUCUAUUUUAUUUUAUUUUCAUGGAAGACAGAACAGACGAACUUUCCAACAAGACAUUUCGAACUCGUCAAUUACCACCUCUUCAUAACUUUCUUAAAGACUCACUUGUUCAUAAAGAAAAACUCCUUUCUCGCAUCUUGUGUCAACAUUUGGAUCUCAAAGACAGUGCUAGAAGCAGUCGCCAUAAAAAGGACAUUCGAGGUGAAAUCAAAAACUUGACGAUUGCUCAAUUACCCUUACCGAAUCUACCUACAUAUGAUCCUGCUCUUUUACCUAUUCGUGUUCGUAUUGAGAUCUAUCUCUUUACGGAUGCUGUCACUUAUAAACACGAAUUUGUCUUAUUGCCUGCAAUGCAUCUACCCAAAAUUGACUUGGAUAUCAUCAAUGAUAUAGCAUUCUAUCCUCUGUUGUUAUUAAGAGCAGCUAGUGAUGUGACAGACAGUGUGCUGUAUUGGCUGGAAAAUGCUUAUUUGGCCCCUGCACGUCCAUUUGUCUUGCCAAAUACAACACUGGUGAAUAUUGUGCAUAUCUGUGUUGAGUCCUUUUAUUAUUUAUCACAGGAAAUGGAAGAACGAAAAUCAUUGGAUCCAAAAGCAAUUGUUCAUGACUUGGAGGAUGAUACAGAUCAACUCAAGCUAGAAUAUCAGUUACUUAAUGAUGAUGUAUCCAAAAUUACACUGCUUAUAUCUAGGCAGCAAGUAGUAGAUAUUUGUCAUCAAUUACCAGAAAGAGCUUUGUUCUAUAAAGCAUUUCUAAAUCAUGUAUGUAAUACAACUUCAAUCCGUGUCAGUAGCAUGACCUUCUCUCAAGUGGCUUAUUCUUCACUGGCAGUCAGAAGAGAUGGCUGUUUCAAGAUUAACCCAAACGCACUUAAAGAUGAUGCUUUGGAUCUAUUACGAGAAUUACUUCAAGCAGGAGAAGAACAAGCGUAUGAGUUUUUAUAUUAAGGACCGAAAUAAAAACUAGCCCCAUCUUUUGUCAUUCAAACUCAGUAACAAAAUUAUCCUGAUCCAAGAGCCCCAUAUACUUUAAUGCGUUUCAGCUCUUUGCGGAUGAUGUGUUUUAAGAUAAUGC